ACUCUUUACCUGUCUGGCUUCCCAAAGAACAAAACACAAGCAAAGCUUUCCCAACAGGAAAAUCAGAAAAAAACUAAAAAUAAAACAGAAAUAGGAAAACAUAUCCGUCUCAACCUAUGGUGUCCGUGAACCCGAAUCCGGCUCAAGGAUUUUUCUUCUUCGAUCCAAUGAAUAUGCCGUAUUCUGGCUUCAAUUCUCUGCCAACAGCAGCUAAUAAUACUACAACUUCCGCAACAAGUGCCACUACUACAUCGUCGACUAAAACUACAAAUACUAAUACGAUGUCUUUUGCCGAAGAUCCGAGCAAGAAGAUUCGAAAACCUUAUACAAUUACUAAGUCUAGAGAAAGCUGGACGGAUCAAGAGCAUGACAAGUUUCUAGAAGCUCUCCAACUAUUUGAUAGAGACUGGAAGAAGAUUGAAGCAUUUAUUGGGUCCAAAACAGUCAUCCAGAUACGAAGCCAUGCACAGAAGUACUUCCUGAAGGUUCAAAAAAAUGGAACAAGUGAACAUGUACCUCCCCCUAGGCCAAAGAGGAAAGCAGCUCAUCCAUACCCACAGAAAGCACCUAAAAAUGGUCCAUAUGCUCCUGUUGUAUCCCAAGUUUCUGGCCCGUAUCAAUGUUCCACAGCGAUGCUUGACACAGGACUUUAUGGUCCAGAUUCAUCAUCAGUUCUUGCAAAUCCAUAUCCUGGUGCAGCUAUGUCUUCUUGGAAUUUUAACUCAGAGCAACCAGUGUGUGUGUCACAAGUGGCUAAAGAUGAUGUUGGAUUGGCUGGACCAACCGUUACUCAGAAUGGUUACAGUAGCAGUAAUGAAAGCACUCCAAGACCUUGGCCUGUUGGUGAAACAAUUGAUCGAGGGGAUCAUAGAAAACCAACCAGAGCUAUGCCGGAUUUUGCUCAGGUUUACAGUUUUAUAGGCAGUGUUUUUGACCCCAGUGCUACUGAUCAUGUUCAGAGACUUAAGCAGAUGGACCCAAUAAAUUUUGAAACUGCAUUGUUGUUGAUGAGAAAUCUUGCUAUCAAUUUGUCAAGCCCUGAGUUCGAGGAACAUAGAAGGAUGCUAUCACUUUAUGAUGCAGAAUCAGAGAGAGCUAAAUUUAGUAGUCCUUAUAAUAAUAUGCAAGUUGUUAAAUCAGAAAGUGCCAUUCCAUCCUUGUAAGGAAGAGGGCAAAAUGUGAACUCCGUUUGAGAUUUUGCUAGGGAAGAGUUCUGGAAUGAAGUGAUGAUGUUCAUAUGUAUAUUAGUGUAUGUGUGGCAACUGUCUAGGUCAGUUAGCUUGCAAUGCUUGUUAGUUUGUGUAUAUGAUAGAAAAUCUGUUGUUUCUUUGAAACGUGGGGGUAGUGCAAGUCAUGUCAGGGCUUUUUAUUAGGUGGCUGGCUUGUAUAGAAAUUUGAGUGUCCUCGAGUUUUGACUGCCUAUCAUAGUAGUACUUUUACUUCUUGCUGGGUUUCCCACAUCUGAUCGCUAAGAAGUAGUAUUUAUAAACAUAAACUAAGGUAUGUAAAUAAAACCCAUGCUAUCGUUGUCAAAAAAUCCUUGCGUACCAACUCGGGGCUUUGGAACCCAAUAUUGUGGUUGAUGCUUGUAUUCGAGUUGUUUGAGUUCA